UCGGGCGCGACAGUUUUGCUCCGACCAUCGUUGGUUGAAUCUCGGGCUCCGCGAACACGAAAACAUUCAUUUCCUCUCCUCACUCCACUGAGUCUCGUUGAUUAUCUCGUAUAAUCCCAACAUUCCGCGUAUAUAAAAAAGUAUUGAUGGAUUUCUGUGAAAAAUAACGUGCAAAAAAUACAAGGAGCCAAAGUUUAUGAAAAUCAUUAAAAAUAUACAGUCCGUAUAAUGAACGUGCUACCAAAUAUGGGAAUAAAGUGACACACACCCAUACAAUAAUUUUUAUCGAGUUGAGAAUUUUGAGUUAUAUAAAUUAAAGUAUGUGUAAGAAACUUAAAAAAAAAUAUCCAUCGGAUUGAUGUUAUUGCCAAUAGGACCAGACAUUACAAGAAUUUUUAUUUCCAUCUGAGCUUAAUUCGUUGAAUUGAUUGAUUGAUAAACAAUCGAGUUUCCAACGAAAGUUUUUAAACAUUGACUGAUUGUAAAUUCAGGUUUAAUCGGCAUUUUGAAAAGAAAAAAGUCGAUAAAAAAGCUUGAUGAUCGCUAUCUUUAAAUGAAUAAAAACUGUAUUCUCCGUGAUUGGAUGAAAAUACACUAAUAAUUCUUUCGCGUCUGGAAACAACGUAUUCCCCAGUAUAUCUCCAAAAUAAUUGAGAUAAUUGAUUUAAAUGAAUAAGAAUGUGCAACGAGGAAAUAUAUAGCUUUUGCGAGCAUUCAUGGAUUAAUAAAUUAACGUAAUUAAGUUUCACAUAAUAAAGCGAUUCAUGAAGAUCCAUUGAUCUUUCGCAGAAUUUUUGGUCAUGUACUUAAGACUCGAAAAUAAAAGUUAUUUUUCAGAAACAAUAUAAAACUAUAGUAAAUUCCAAAAACAUGCUAUGAGUUUUUUUCUAAUUCGUGUUGACAAAUGAAUAAAGACAUAUUUUUCAUCGGUCGUAAAAGUGUAAUCCCCAUUCGACGGAGGUGAAGUGACUUAUAAUAUUCGAAUAUUCCAUUGAUUUUAUUCCAACAUCCAUAUCUAUGUAUGAUAGGUAUGAAAUAAUAGUAAAUCAGGUUUGGCUUUACACUUGAAUAAAACAUUCAUUAGUUCGAACAAGCAGUGAAAAUAACGAGCGUUAUGUAAAAAUCAUCAUUACGAAAUAGGGUCUUGUUUUUUAUUACAAAAUACGCUAGGCCCGUAUCAUUCAAAUAUUGUUCAAUUCUCAACUUUUUGGAAACAUUUAUAUCGAAAAAACUUACAAAUAACUGAGAGGAAAAAACUGAAGAGUAUAUUAAAGGGUAAAUCAAGCUGUUCCUAUUAAUAUAUAUAAAUAUAAAUAUACAUACACAAGACUGUGGAAGUUGCUGUGGGCCACACGGUCCUUUCGCUUGAUUUAAAGGGCGGACAAGUGAACGAUGUAGAAUCUCAACGAAGACCUCCUUCCAAAGCAGCCCCUACAAUGAGUUCAGAUGUAUACUCAUAUAUCAAUGCCUCCUUCAGAAAGGGUUGAGAGAUAAAUCACGUAUUGGGGUCGUCUUAUUUUUUCAGUCAUAGUAACAGCCUUCGUUCAAAAACUAGAAUAAAAGUAAAACGAGCAGCUUGAUCCUGUUAAAUAAAGUUCCGAUCGAUCCCGGAUUGUUUCCAAAUAAUAUCAAAUGGAGAAUUUAAAUUGUUUGGCGCUUAAUCACAGAAACCAUGUAGAAAUCAUUUGGAAAGAAAGAACGAGCCUUGAAAUAAACGAAUACAUGAAAGUGCGUCUAGAAAUAUUCAAGCCAAACCCCGAACGUUGGAAAAUUUUGGAACGUGCUAUACGUAACUGGUGUGUCAAUUAUGCUCAGGUUGUAUGAUAAGGUCUAUCGUCGAAAAUUCGUAUUUACCCUGGAAGAAUAGCUGUAAAAGUAAAAAAAAAAUAAACAAUCAAGACUGACUCUCAUUCAAAAUAAAGCAAAGAAAAUAAGCCAUGAAAUUCUAAUCGUUACGCCCUUCGUGUCGUAAAUCUUAAAUUAGAAUAACAGAUACACGAGAGUGGAUAACGGUGAAAGCGUAGAUUUGUUAUGUACUGCUUAAGCGUGGUAUGCAAGUGCGGAGGUGUAGGUGGUCGAAAUAAUGGUGCAUCUGGAUUCGGAGAAAGAUGAGAUUGGCGUUGGAGGCCCGAAGACGGAGACGACGAGGAGGCGAACCGCGAAGCAAAGAAAGAGGAACGACGCGAAAGACGUGGAAUCAGUAGCACUCAAGAUUACUACGAUAGCGAAGAUCCUAACGGGGAUCAUCAUCAACGAGCCAGCGCCGAGAGAAAUAAAGACCGCGACAGAAGAGCGUCAGCCAUGUCAUGGGAGUCUAUGGCAUCCAGAGACUACCUCAGAGGUUCAGGAAGUCAUCAGCUGUCAGCGACAGCACUCCUCGGAAGUCCCGAUGGCUCCCGCCAUCCGCUGGAUGUUUAUGAAUUUGCCGAAGAAGAUUAUCGAAAUCAGAAUGAAAGCGGUGGAACCCACUAUCAGAAUGGAAGAUCCGGAGCUGGUCUUUGGGAGUGCCUGCUCAGCUGCAGGCAUCGGCUGGAUCAGCAGCUCGCCAGAAGAAGAGUAGAACAAGGCCUAAAACUUUAUCGAGCGCAUAAACAGCAGGCAGCUGUACGUAAAUGGAGAGGUGCAUUAAAGAGUAUCCGUCAACGUGAGGAUAAGUUCACACUUUUAGGAUACCUUUAUCAGGCAUACAUGGACUGGGGUAAAUAUAGGGACAGCAUAGAUUUUGCAGAUCGUCAACUCGAUAUAUCCGAAGAGCUGGACUCACCGAAUAUGCGAGCUGAGGCUUACCUUAAUUUGGCACGCGCACAUGAAAGACUUGGAGCAUUGGAUCGUGCUUUGGCCUAUGCGCGACACAGUUUAUACAAUGAGUGUGAUCAAUGCGCCACUGCUGGUCUCGUCCAUUUAACAGUGGGUAGGGUUCACCUUGAACUUGCGGGUUUUUGUAAAGCGCUGGAAGCUUUUCAGAGAGCCCAUAAAAUAGCACAUUCAAUCCAAGACCCUUCCUUGGAAUUGCAGGUAUACGUGGGCUUGUCAGAGUUAUUCUGCAGGCUCCAGGAUGCUGAUAAGAGCGCCAGAUACGCAGCAAGGGCAUAUGAUCUAUCGCGAAGUUUGCAGCUUGGCGACUUGAACUCGAGGCAUCAUCGAGCAGCACUUUUGCAGAUGGCAACAGCCUUACGCAAGAAAGGAGAGCUGGGUGAUGCGCAUGACUAUUGCUCAGAAGCGACACGUUUGUCUCUCGUAUCGGGGGAUCAGGCCAGUUACGCAAGAAGUAUAAGGAUUCUGGGUGAUAUUUACAGAAAGAAAGCAGAUAUAAAUAAAGCAUUUCGACAGUACGAAAGUGCUAUGGGCUCAGCUGCAGCGACAGACGAUCGGCUCUGUCAAAUGGAAGCCAUGGAUGGAGCUGCCAGAUGUCUUGAGUCGCUAAGGCUACAGCACAAGAUAUGUAAUUGUCGACCCCUAGAAUUCAAUACACGCCUUCUCGAGGUCGCUAAUUCUAUGGGAGCUAAGCUCUUAAUGAGAACGGUCAGAUGCAGAUUAUCAAGGAUCUAUGGUUCAUUAGGCGACGAAGAACAGAAAUCUCAUCACGAGAGACUAGCUGCCGCAAUGGAAGAUGAUUUGGAACUUAGAUGUGGCAGCUGUAACGAGCCAUUUGGCCUCGAAGCCGAUUCAUUAGAGGCUCUGCCUUGCUCACACAUUUUACACGCGAGAUGCGCAUAUGACAUUUUAAAGAGGCGUGACAAGAAGAAAAAACGACUAUGUCCGGAUUGCCAUAAAUCCGUGAGCUCAAGACUCUACCUUCACUGCGACAAUCCUCACGACCUCAAUACUCUAAAUCGAAGUUCCUUGAGCCUGGCCUCGCUGAUGGCAAGCAGUCUCCCAACGCUUGAUGAUUGUCAUGCAACGAGCAGUGUCUGAUUUAUAUCAGUUUACUUUCGUAUUACAGAGUUGCUUCCAUUGUUGUCGAUUUUUCUUUGCGAAUAUUCGUUCACUCCUUCGGACGAUCAUGUUAAAAAUAAAAAAGAAGUCGAGUUAUGUCUAUCGACUCAAGUAAACUAACAACGUUAGAAUGUAGGUAUAAACGAAUACUAUAUAAUAAUAAAGAUAAUAAAAAUAAUAAAGAUAAAAAAUAAUAAUGAGAACGAUAACAACAUAAAUGAAUUGUAACGUAUAAUUAUCAAGAUCUCAUACGGAAAAUCAUUUGGGGUGCACGGUAGCCACGUUGAUUAUUUUUUAGAAAGAAAUCGUAAAACUUUUGGACUUAAAAUAAAAUAUUAAAAGAAUAAAUCGACAACAAUUCCGAAGCCAUUUUUUUAAAAACGUGUGAGAGGGAGAGAGCCAUUAUGACGUCAAGUAGGGUGAGACUUUAGAUACUGUUGAAUAUACUUAAAUAAUUGUUAAAGAAUUAUAGAUUAUUGCAUAGUAAACAAAGGGCAACAUGCGUGGUUUUACUCACAAUAUUUAUUCCCUCAAGAGGGUGUCAAGUGAAGCAUAAAAAUGCACUGCUUUCAAGUUUGGUUCAUUGCAUUACAGAUAUAUUCACUUGAAAUGUAAAAUCUCAGGAUGCAAGAAGUUAUACGUCAUCAAUUUGAAGAAAAAUCUUUUUUUCUGUUCCAACCGUUAUCGGUGAAAUAAGUUGGUAGUUGUUUGGAAAUGAGGCUGCACCGCGAAUCGCACUUUUCAAUUAUUCUUACAUUUGUCAUCAUGUUUUUUUCAAGUCAGCCCCACCAAUUGUAAUAGUUGCAUUACAGCAAAGUUCUAUACAAACGAUUGUCUAUUAAUAUUUCAUGGUGUGGAAAGGCACGAAACUUGAUUUUUAUUUGGUUUUUUAACGGAUCUAUCGAUAUCCAGUAUUGAUGAAAAUAGCAAAAUUUUAAUUUCAUCAAAUACUGUAAUUGUUGGAGUAAGUCAUUUUUCAUUACCUGAUGGACAAAAUUAGUAACAAAUAUUUCUAAAGGUGCUACCUAGCAAUAAUCAGAUAGAAAAUAUUAUAUUUUUCUUCCGUAUCGAUGAGAAAAAUAAAAUACUUCGAGGAACAACUGUUUAUAACAAAAUGGAAAUAACAAUAGCCAUUGACUAACAUAAGAGAAAUCACAUAUGGUGGGAACUUAGUGAAAUAAAAAGUGCCAAUUGAGUUCGGAAAUUCAGAAAAUUCAACGAUUAAAUUUGACAUUUGCAAAAGAAUGAGUGUGCCAAAAACAAGGAUAUGAAAACAAGAAAAGUGUCGAAUCCUCAAUACCGUUAACAAAUAUAACAUUUACACGGGUAUAAAGUAUAAAUCGAGAGAUAUAUUAUUCAAACUGAAAUUUGUGUUCGAUAUUGUUCAAGGUUGCGAAUCCCUAUAUCGUUUAUAAAAAAUUGGUCUCGUAAUUAACACUUGAAGAAAACUUUGCCUUGACACACGUUGUAAAUUCACACUGCCGAAGACGAUUAUCACUUGAAUUUAUUCCAGUAUCCAGAUGCAUCAUUAAAUUAUAAAAAAUGCUGGUACCGAAAACCCAGCUGGUCCUUUGUCAUUUUGAAAAUUUCGAUAACUGAGCAUGGUAUUAAUUACAAUUUGAAAAGGUCAAAAUUACAGGGAUGUGUUGUAAAAGAUGUAUUGACAGAAGUUGUAGUUUUGAUAUACGACGUGUUCCAAAAACCAAUUAUGAUCCUCAAUUCUUCAAAUGAAUUAUCAUAUAAACCAAUGAAAUUUUUUCGAGCACAGUCAGUCAAACUGACAAGGAAAGGUACUUUAGUGUCCGCCUCCGAUUU